AUGUCGAAAGAAGGAAACAAGACUUAUCAAUACUUCUAUUUCCGCGGGCACACCUAUCAAGGAAACUUGUCACUUCUGUUUCAGCAGCCUGUCGCAUCUUUAAAGGUGCAGAAAGUAUCUACACGUACUUGCGUGAUCGAUUGCGGUUUACCUCGCCGACGUACUGCCGUUUUCGACGAAGGCUACCUUGAGCCUGCUUUCCGUUGGGUGAUUGCCCCACGCGAGGAUCAAGCUCAUCUUGAACGAAUAGCUUUAUGCUGCGUUAUGCGGCCGUCGGGCAAGCUCCUGUGGAAGGCACUUGACAGUCCCUUCUUGCAAAAAGUCAAUUACAGGGAAAAUACUACUGAGAACGAGACGGAAGUUCUGAACAUAAUUUGUGAUACUGUCCGUGUUCAAUUGGUAACCAGUGCCUCUAUGUGGCGUCAAUCUAUUGCCUGA